AUUCAAGUCUUCCCCACUUACACUAGACUUUUUCUCUACUUUUUCUACACACUUUUUUGUCCACUGUUCAUUUCUGUUUGAACUUGAGCGCUAUUCUGAAAAACCAGUACAGUAAAUUAAUCCGAUUAUCACUAUGUGUAUUUCCGAUACCGAGUGCCGGUCCGUUCCACCAAAAAAUCAUAAAUCCAAAUCCAAAACCAAGCUGAAAAAGCGUAGAAAACCGAAGUACCUAAGCCUAAGUCUCGAGCUUUCGGAGAAAAAAUCUGAACCGUCCGAUCAUAUUAUCGUUUCAUCAUCCAACGGUAGCAGUACCCAUGAUAUUCCUCAUCAGGAUUCUCAUCAGCUCAAUCUGUUCCCUCUACAUCCAGAAAAUUUGGUGGAUGAUAAGGACAGUACUGUCCAAGAAGAGAACGUAGCUCUCUUCUUUACUGGCGCUGAAAACAGCGCCACUAAUCUCACGGAGCUUCUCGUUAGUUCCAAGGAUGAAAUUGACAGCAACAUAAGUACUAGUGUUCCGAAUUACAUGACGGUUUCGUCAUCGGAGGCGAGCUUGACAUAUGCCGACACUUACAGGGGACAACAAGGUGAGCUUGUACGGACGGCUCUGAGGAAUAAAGAGAGGGAGCACAGUGAAGAAGAGAAGUGGGUUGUUUACUCUGACGUUGUUGAUGUCGAUCAACAUAGUGAGACAACGAGGAAGGACGAGGAAGUAAGUAGUUGUCCGAGGAACAAACAUCAUCAGCGACAACAACAAUUGUCUCUAAAGCUCGAUUAUGACGAAAUACUGAAUGCUUGGUCCGAUAAAGGCCCGCUUUACCUUCAUUCUGAGUCCCCACAGAUAGUUCCAGACAUCCUUGACGAUUUUCUCACCUGCGAAACGCCUUUCUCAUCGAAUGGUGGUCUAAUGGGUAGCAGCGCUGUUCUGUAUAGAGUUCCAGAAGUAGUGGCAAGUGAACAAAGUGGUGGCAAAGCCACAGAAAUAGAGGAGGAGGAUUUGAAUAUGAAGGCAGGACGAAGAGAGGCAAGUGUUAUGAGGUACAAAGAGAAGAGACAGAACAGGCUCUUCUCUAAAACCAUCCGCUAUCAAGUUCGCAAGCUCAAUGCUGAAAAGCGCCCUCGCGUCAAGGGGAGAUUUGUUAAGAGGGAUUAAAGUGUGUUUUAGCUCAACUUGAGAUGUUAAUGUGUUGCAGUGCAAAGCAGUAUGUGUGUGUGUAAUUUUCAUAUAUCUUUGAUAUAUACUGUUACAAGGAGAAGCAUGCCCAAAGAAAGUCUUGUCUAUCAAUGAAAUAAAAUUUGUAAAAGCUCUACUAAAUUGCAAGUAUCAGGGCACAUAAAUGGGGAAAAUGCAGAGAUAUGAAUGUAGAGUUCAUUUUGUUCAGAUCAAGUACUAUUAACUUUCUCAAGAAUGAAAGUGAAAAUAUCAAAAAGUCCUUGACCAUUUUGUCAUUAACACUGAAAUUAAUGGAUGAUUGGCCUCCCCAUUUAUUGCA